AUGGACGCUUCCAAGAUCACCCAGCAGCCCGAGAAGGGAACCAACCAGCCGACCGGCAACAACCCAAUCAGCAAAGCGGCCGAGAGCCUCAAGUCGGCCAUGCAAGCGCACUCUGCGAACCCCGGUCCGGCCGUUCCCAAAGACUUUAAUGUACAGCAAGAGGGGACAAAGGAGGAGCGCCGGGCGAAGGCGGAGGAGCUGAAUAAAUAG